AAACCAACAACAAACACAACAAAAGCAAAAGAAGCAUAAAAGAAGAAGAAGAAGGCAGCAAACGUCUCAAGCAAGCAGACAUGGCACCGAUGAAGAAGAGUCUCUUUGCUCUUCUCCUCUCAUCACCAAUUCUGAUCAUCUGUCUUAUUGCAUUGCUCUCUGAUCCCGUCUCAGUCGGAGCUCGCCGGUUACUAGAGGAGAUUCCUAAACCGGAGAUACCGAAAUUGCCUGAACUACCUCACCCGGAGCUACCGAAAUUCGAAGUUCCCAAGUUGCCGGAGCUACCUAAACCAGAGAUGCCCAAGUUACCUGAAUUUCCAAAGCCUGAGUUUCCCAAGAUCCCAGAGAUUCCGAAGCCCGAAUUGCCAAAGAUGCCGGAGAUUCCAAAGCCUGAAUUGCCCAAGUUCCCAGAGAUGCCCAAGUUUCCAGAGAUUCCGAAGCCCGAAUUUCCCAAGUUUCCGGAGAUUCCGAAGCCUGCGGAAUCUAAAUUAAUGGAGACUCCCAAGCCUGAGGCUCCUAAAUUGCCGGAAGUUCCUAAGCCAGAGCUGCCAAAGAUGCCGGAAAUUCAGAAACCAGAGUUACCAAAGAUGCCGGAGCUUCCGAAGCCAGAGCUGCCAAAGAUGCCGGAAGUUCCUAAGCCAGAGUUGCCAAAGAUGCCAGAGAUUCAGAAGCCAGAGCUACCAAAGAUGCCGGAGGUUCCUAAGCCAGAGCUGCCAAAGAUGCCGGAAAUUCAGAAGCCGGAGCUGCCCAAGAUGCCGGAGGUUCCUAAGCCAGAGCUCCCAAAGAUGCCCGAGGUUAAAAAGCCAGAGCUGCCAAAGAUUCCAGAGGUUCAAAAGCCAGAGGCUCCUAAGUUGCCGGAGAUUCCGAAGCCGGAGCUACCAAAGGUCCCGGAGAUUCAGAAACCCGAAUUUCCGAAGAUUCCAGAGAUUCCAAAAGCUGAGGUACCGAAAAUGCCGGAGAUUCCAAAGCCAGAGCUACCGAAGAUGCCUGAACUUCCCAAGUUACCGGAAUUCCCAAAAGUUCCCGGAACUCACUAAUUGAACCACCAGAAGUAGGCCCAGCUACUUUGAAGCCCAUCUCAUGAUCUUAAACUACCAUUUUACCCUUAUAUUGUUUGUCUAUCUCAUCAUCGUUUUACUUUGUGAACCAUAUAUGGUUUGAUCUUAUAGUCCUCCUUCAUUUUCUUUCUCUUUUUGAUGCACUUAUACUUGUAUUCUAUUAUAUUUGUAUGUUUCAUUCAUACAUAUGUCUUUGUAUUUAAUAUACUUUUGGAUUGUGUUACUUAUUUAAGA